AAUCACCACCCCCGACAGAGAGAGAGAUGGCUGGUCCUCGACCCUGAACCAAUCACCACCCCCGACAGAGAGAGAGAACAACAGGGCCCCUCUCCUCGCUCCAAACCAAAGAGUGACAAUGGGAGGAACAAGCAGUCUAACCAGUCCAGCCACUCUCCUCCCCAGUAUAAACUCCACAGUUUCAGUCUACUGCACUACGAUAAGGAGAGACUGGAGAGACAGAUUGGUGAUUACAGGAAGAGUAGGCGGGAUCCUCCGUCUGACCUGGUACAGCAACACAAGGAGGUCACACACAGGCUGCAGUGGCAGAAAGCCCAGCUAGAGAGAGGCUCCCCUACUCUACUGUCAGAGUAUGAGAAUAUUUUGCAGCGUUUUGCCCAGGGCCUUGCUGAGUCAGUGAAGAGGUUUUCCAGCCAAGGCAACAGGGAUGCUGCUAAGGACGCUCUAGGACGGCUGAAGAUGGUGGAGACUGAGUUGGAAUCUCUCAAGAGGAAACGCCUGGUCUGAGAAGAGGAGGACAGAGGGACUGGAGAGUUGUCUGGAGUACUGUUAUGUUACUCACACAGACACAGCCAAUCACCUUCAACAUCUUCCUGCCGCUCCUCUGCUCCUCUCUGCCUCCUCCACUAAUGUUCUUCCUUUUACUCUGUUCUUUACUUUGUAUUGUCAUUCAUUCAAUCAGUUAGGAAGAAGAACCCGUUUGAGUAAAACAGGGCUGCCUCCCAAAUGGCACCCUAUUCCCUUUAUAGUGCACUACUUUAGACCAGGGCCCAUAGGGACUAAUAUAGGGAAUAGGGCACCAUUGAGAUACACGGCAGAAUGGAAUCCUGUGAGAUUGAUAGUGACAUGAAGACAGAAUGCAGGGCAGGACAGAGAAAGGCUUAUUUGCACUUGAAAACACUACAGAUUAUUACAAAACCCUGCCGCCUUCACUAUAGUCUUUAAAGUCCUUCAAUGGGUCUCUCUCUUUCUCUCUGUUCAGAGAGUGGUGUGUGUAACUCCUGGUCUCCGCAUUGUGUGUGUGUGUGUGCGUGCGAUGUUAAUGAGCUUAAUCUAAUCUGUCUGCUCCACUAUUCCCAGAUUACUGUAAUAUGACCCGUUUGGUGCCGUGUGAUAUGGGAACUACACGGAAACGGGAACUAUAUCCCAUAAUGAGGGAUUAGCUAACACUGGUGUCGCCAUGGAGACGUCUCAUUCAGGGAAGUGAGGAGAGGAGGUACCCCAGGGUUAAAUUGAAGAGGACAGGAUUAGAAUUCGUGUAGAACAGACCAGUAGCUGUAAAACCCACGGGAUUAUCUGUGAAUUGGGAUAGAGGUUCUCUAUUCAUUGUAAUGCUAUGGUGCGGAGUCUGGGAGCCCGUUUAAAAGGACCCCUCUUAUAGGACCAUAUUUAGCCUAUUGUGAUGUCAUCAAUUAGGCUUGCGUCAUGUCACUAUGACGUCAUCAGUUAGAAUGUCCAUCACCACAUUGUGAAGUCAUCAGUUAGAGGGUGUGUUCCUCUGUUCAGACGUUGCUGACGCCAGAUCUUACAUCGCCUGGAUAGGUAUUUUACAGAUCAGCUAAACACAUCACAUGUUAAAGCAAUCUGGUGCAACCAGUGGUUGAUGCAUGUGACAUCUGAGCAGAGAGACGCAACCAGAAUGAUUAACAAAGGAUCGCUUCAUCUGGUUGUGAUGUCAUCAGUUGGAAUGUUCUACAAAGGGCUACAUCCAAUUAUGAUGUCAGAAUCCCAGAAUAAAGCACUAUGAGUAAACUGUCACUAUACCCUGAAUCAGAACCUGAAGCAGAUACAGUAUGUGACUUCACCCGUGUCCAAGCUGGCCUGAUGUCGGCCCCAAAUCCUACAGGGAUCCUCUAAGAAUGAGAAGAAGAGGCUUCAGUGCACUUCCUGUUCCUCGUUCCGAAUGUCAUGGGCAGGAAAUGCGCGCUUUACUUCUUACUGACUUCCAGACAGGCAGAGAGAGGGACAGACAGGCAGAGAGAGGGACAGACGGGCAGAGAGAGGGACAGACAGAGAGAGGGACAGACAGACAGAGAGAGGGACAGACGGGCAGAGAGAGGGACAGACGGGCAGAGAGAGGGACAGACGGGCAGAGAGAGGGACAGACGGGCAGAGAGAGGGACAGACGGGCAGAGAGAGGGACAGACGGACAGAGAGAGGGACAGACGGACAGAGAGAGGGACAGAGAGAGGGACAGACGGGCAGAGAGAGGGACAGACGGACAGAGAGAGGGACAGACGGGCAGAGAGAGGGACAGACGGACAGAGAGAGGGACAGACGGGCAGAGAGAGGGACAGACGGGCAGAGAGAGGGACAGACGGGCAGAGAGAGGGACAGACGGGCAGAGAGAGGGACAGACGGACAGAGAGAGGGACAGACGGGCAGAGAGAGGGACAGACGGGCAGAGAGAGGGACAGACGGGCAGAGAGGGACAGACGGGCAGAGAGACAGACGGGCAGAGAGAGGGACAGACGGACAGAGAGAGGGACAGACGGGCAGAGAGAGGGACAGAGAGAGGGACAGACGGGCAGAGAGAGGGACAGACGGGCAGAGAGAGGGACAGACGGACAGAGAGACAGACGGGCAGAGAGAGGGACAGACGGGCAGAGAGAGGGACAGACGGGCAGAGAGAGGGACAGACGGGCAGAGAGAGGGACAGACGGACAGAGAGAGGGACAGAGGGGACACAGGCAGAGCUUGUCAGAGGGGACACUGUUUAGUCAGUGUGGUUUGGUCAUGGUGGGCCGGAGACCACAGCUGCCUAUAGUGUUGAGGUCAGCCCCUUUUCUCAGAUUUUGGGUAGAGAAAGGAGGUCUCCUCCUGUACCCCUCUAUAUACCCAGACACCCUGAGGUCUCCUCCUGUACCCCUCUAUAUACCCAGACACCCUGAGGUCUCCUCCUCUACCCCUCUAUAUACCCAGACACCCUGAGGUCUCUUCCUGUACCCCUCUAUAUACCCAAACACCCUGUGGUCUCCUCCUCUACCCCUCUAUAUACCCAGACACCCUGAAGUCUCCGCCUCUACCCCUCUAUAGACCCAGACACCCUGAGGUCUCCUCCUCUACCCUCUAUAGACCCAGACACCCUGAGGUCUCCUCCUCUACCCCUCUAUAGACCCAGACACCAUGUGGUCUCCUCCUCUAACCCUCUAUAUACCCAGACACCCUGAGGUCUCCUCCUCUAACCCUCUAUAGACCCAGACACCCUGAGGUCUCCUCCUCUACCCCUCUAUAUACCCAGACACCCUGUGGUCUCCUCCUCUACCCCUCUAUAUACCCAGACACCCUGUGGUCUCCUCCUCUACCCUCUAUAUACCCAGACACCCUGUGGUCUCCUCCUCUACCCCUCUAUAGACCCAGACACCCUGAGGUCUCCUCCUCUACCCCUCUAUAUACCCAGACACCCUGAGGUCUCCUCCUCUACCCCUCUAUAUACCCAGACACCCUGAGGUCUCCUCCUCUACCCCUCUAUAUACCCAGACACCCUGAGGUCUCCUCCUCUAACCCUUUAUAGACCCAGACACCCUGAGGUCUCCUCCUCUACCCCUCUAUAUACCCAGACACCCUGUGGUCUCCUCCUCUACCCCUCUAUAUACCCAGACACCCUGUGGUCUCCUCCUCUACCCCUCUAAAGACCCAGACACCCUGUGGUCUCCUCCUCUACCCCUCUAUAGACCCAGACACCCUGAGGUCUCCUCCUGUACCCCUCUAUAUACCCAGACACCCUGUGGUCUCCUCCUCUACCCCUCUAUAUACCCAGACACCCUGUGGUCUCCUCCUCUACCCCUCUAUAUACCCAGACACCCUGAGGUCUCCUCCUCUACCCCUCUAUAUACCCAGACACCCUGAGGUCUCCUCCUCUACCCCUCUAUAGACCCAGACACCCUGGGUUCUCCUCCUGUACCCCUCUAAAGACCCAGACACCCUGAGGUCUCCUCCUCUACCCCUCUAUAUACCCAGACACCCUGGGGUCUCCUCCUGUACCCCUCUAUAUACCCAGACACCCUGAGGUCUCCUCCUCUACCCCUCUG